GCCGGCUGCGCCUGUUGCCAAUCGGAGCUCGAGGGUUUCGGAGCGGAGUUGCGGGCGAGCUGCUGAACUGGUUCUGUGCUGCCGAGGAUGGGCCGGGAGUGCGGGACUCAGGGAGAAGGUGCCGGGCAGGAGAUAAUCUAAAAUGCAGCACACGACGUGCACUGAAGAUAGGAUCCACCAUGCAUUGGAGAGGUGCCUCCAUGGCCUCAGUAAAAAUGCCAUCUCUGCCAAUACUUGGACAGCUGGGCUUUGUCUGAAUUGCUGGAGCCUCCAGGAACUGGUUAGUCGUGAUCCAGGGAACUACCUCAUCCUUCUAGAGAAAAUCCUGCAAAAGACUGAAGAGGUCCAAAAGAAAUGCGACUAUGAUCUCUUCAUUCCACUGGCCUUGCUCUUCGGUUCAGCUGUCCUGUAUACCUCACACUUCCCUUCCAAUUGUGACCUGCUUUGGAGAGCUAGGAGGACCUACCGUGAUUUUCUCACUUGGCCUAUGCCAUACUGUAAUAUCUGCCAGGAACUGCUGACUUUUAUUGACAAUGAGCUCAAUGCCCCAGGGAUUACCUUUCAAAGGAUGGUGAGGGCAGAGCAUGGUCUGUCUGCAAAAAGCUCAGAGAGGUCUAUUAUAACAGUUUUGUUACUGAACCCUUCCGAAGUUCACAGGGAGUUUCUCUCAGUUGCUGAAAGGCUUAGCACUGUAGAUUACUCCCAGCACAUGCUACUAGUUACCCUCCUUGAACACAUCUACCAAGCUAACUUUGGAACCAGUUGUGAUCUGGUGGGACUUCGUCAUGCUCUGAAGCUGAAGCCUGUGGAAGAACUCAUGGAGAUGUUUGCCAGCACCACAGAAGCCCAGGAAUUGGCAGCUGAGACCAGUGAUGAUCCUGCAGCAGCUAGGAAGCAGCUGGAAUCUGCUUUGCAGGAGAUCGCAAAGGCAGCAGAUCUGCCUGAAAUCAUAGGAGAAGCUCAGACACAUAAGCCCCAUCUCAUCCCUGUCCCUGCUGCCCGAUGUCACACCUACAUUUGGGAUCAGGAUAAUUUCGACAUCUUGAACGAGGUACUAGAGAAGGAGUGUGACUACCCCAAGCCAGCAGUUCUGGAAGAUGAUGAAGAAGAGGAAACUGAUGACUGCUUUCCACAAAACGGUUCUUUGUUGUCUUCCCUGAAAUCAAUCUCCAAAGAUUCUGUAUAUUCAGCCUUGUCAGAGGACCGUUCAUGUAACUCACGGGUGUCUGUCUCUGCUGUUUCCAAGGACCCUGACUCUGAGCUCUCACUGGCCUCUAAAAAGUCCUUGAAGUGUUUUGUCUCCAGCCUGAAGGACUGCAUGGAUAGUGGUUAUGUGGAGGACAGUGAUGAGAACUCUCUCGAGUCCACGGGGUGCUUGGAUCCAAAGGAAGAGAAGACAUCACCCAGGCGGCAGCGGUUAACCAACAAAAUAUACAAGUUGUUCAAAAGCAAAAGCCAGCUGAUCCUGGGCAAAGAACUGAGAGACAUUUCUGAGGUGGCUUCUCUAUCGCUGCCCCUUCGCCGAGCAGAGAGCCUCUGUAACCCUGUGGCCAAACACCACAUUCCUAUGCGCUCCCGGCGGGCAAAGUCACUGCCCCAACAUGUACUGAGCUCAGCGCUUUUACAGCAACGGGUCCCAGAGAAUGUUUCUGCCCAACGUAGGCCCUUCCUGAGCUGUGAUGAGGAUACAAAGAUCUCAACCCUGCGCGUUGUUGUGUUUGGCUCUGACCGUAUCUUGGGGAAAGUAGCCCGGGCUUAUAGCAAUCUUAAAUCCCAGGAACAAAGCUGCCCGUGGCUGACUCGGUACUUCAAACUGCAGUUUUUCUAUGUGCCUGUAAAGAGGAGUGACCCUACCUCAUCCGCACUGGCCUGCCCUCCCCCUUCCCCAGGAGACCCUCAGUGCCACAACUCAGGAUCUGUGGAUCCAGGUUUGUCAAGGAUGGAGAGCAGCACAAACAAUAUCUCCCGGUAUGUAGGUCUGCUCGAUCCAUGGUACGAGCGCAAUGUUCUUGGACUGAUGAACCUUUCUACAGAUGUCCUAUGCCAGCAGUCCAUCAAGCCUGAGGGUGAACCCUUAGAGGAAGCAGCAGAACAGCUCCCUAUCCUUGCAGAUAUGAUACUCUAUUACUGUCGCUUUGCUACCCACCCUGUGCUGUUACAGGUCUACCAGGCACAGCUCACUUUCAUUGGAGGAGAGAUGAGGACUGAGAUCUUCAUCCACUCCCUAGAGAUGGGUCACUCAGCAGCCACACGAGCCAUCAAAGCUUCAGGUCCAGGUAGCAAACGGCUGGGAAUUGACGGAGACAGAGAAGCCAUCCCACUAACACUACAGAUCGCCUACAGCAAGAGAGCAGUCAGUGGAAGGAACCGCUGGAAUGACACCGAGAAAGUCUGCACGUCCAUCAACAUCAGCAAGGCCUGUGGCAGGCAAGAAGAGCUUGAUUCAAAAACAGAAUGCUUGACUCUCACUGCAACAGAAGUAAUCAAAAGGCAAAGCUCCAAAUCCAAGAAGAGUUUCAAUCAGCAGAUCAGUGUGUCUCAGAUAAAAGUGGACAAAGCCCAGGUCACAGGGAUCAACUGUUCCUUUGCUGUGUGCCUGGACCAGGAUGAACGGAAAAUUCUCCAAAGCGUCACCAGGUGUGAAAUCUCAGCGUGCUACAAACCCAAGAUCAAGGAGCCCUGCUUUGGAGGAAAGCCCACUUCCUUUCUCCCUGCCCAAGAUCCCUCCGACUUGUGCUCUCUUCUGUGCUUGCCUAUUUCCACUUUCAGUGGGGCGCUACCCUAGGGAAGGCAGCAAGGAUAAAGCAAAUGACCUGCUUCCACGUCUGAGCGCUCUUUGAUGUCACUACCAGGAGUAGUUGCCAAGCAUUGUACGCAACGGGGAAAACAUGGUGACAUUUCCCAGGCCAGAUGAUUUGGCUGCACCAGAUGCAAUCCCCUCAGAUUUUGGAAAGAAGCACUUUCCAAAAGUGCUAGACCAGAAGAACUUUUCCUACGUGGGAACAAUGGUAUUCAGCUCCCCAGGAGAGCUGCUUGAAAAGAAUUUGCUGAUAUCAGAUUGAAUAGAUGACGGCACAGAAAAGAGUUGCUGGUGGGGGGCAUGUUACCACUUUGUGUCUGCAUGUAGAGGAAUUUGAUUUGUGGCUUGAGAAAACUGGCAGGCAUCUCCUCCCAUUUUAAUACGACAUGCUUGCUAAGCCAAAUUAGACCAGAGAUGACUGGAACACUUUUUGAUAAGCAGCAAUCACAGGGGAGGAAAUCAGGGUGUCUAAUCCACUCCUUCCCAAUCUUAGAUCACCAGCCCCCAGGGCUCUUAUUUGUCCUGUUUGGGGAAAGCAUGUAGGUUGCCAAUACACUGCCUGUAUGCUCCCUCAGUACAGCAGGAGGAGCAGUUGUGUAGUGGUUAAGAGCAGGUGUACUCUAAUCUGGAGGAACCGGGUUUGAUUCCCCGCUCUGUCGCCUG